UUAUAUAUUAAUAUACUUUCAUUCGUUUCCGAAUACCCCAGACAAAAGGAAUUAUUGUGAAAAAUAUGGCAGAGACGAUGAGGACAUUAAUGUAAAGCUCUUGCGUGCAAAUGGUCCGCGAGAGAAAUUAAAAGUGUUGUGGUUUUUCACAUAGCGUUAAGUUGUGUAUAUGCCUUCAUGUACGUAUGUUGACACAUCAAACUUGGCCAAACAUUAACUUGAGAGAAUUAUCAAAAUACGCAAAGACCUUGAUGCAAUAUGCAAAAUUAUUCUACAAAAACUAAGGAAAUGUUUAUCGUGCGCGCUCUAGAGAAAAUCCUUGCAGAUAAGGAUAUAAAACGUUCCCAGAAUUCACAACUGAAAAAGUCAUGCGACACAGCCUUAGAACAAAUCAAAGCCGAAUUAAUUAGUGCAGGCCAAAUAACGGAAGGCAAUGAGUUGCCGUGCUCUGCUCUGCCAUUACCGAAAAAUGAUACGGCUAGUAUUAUAAAUGCAGAAACUUACUUUCUUCCGUUUGAACUGGCAUGCAAAAGUCGUUCCCCGAGAAUAGUGGUGACUGCUUUGGAUUGUUUAGAGAAAUUAAUAGCAUAUGGACAUUUAACGGGCGCCAUACAAGACUCCGCCAGUCCAGGACAUUUGUUAAUCGAUCGAAUUGUCAACACCAUAUGCGGAUGUUUCAACGGACCACAAACUGACGAAUGCGUUCAAUUGCAAAUAAUAAAAGCUCUCCUUACUGUAGUUACUUCACAACAUGUGGAGAUACACGAAGGCACUGUUUUGCAGGCUGUACGCACCUGCUACGACAUCUACUUGUCUAGUAAAAAUUUAGUUAACCAAACUACCGCGUGUGCCACGUUAACACAAAUGCUAGACGUAAUUUUUUCACGUAUGGAAAAUCAAAUAUACGAGGUUGCAGCGCAGUCAGUGAGAGGUACAAGCAAUGGCCAUUUGUAUUCGAAUACAUCGCAAGCUUCAGAAGCCAGCAUCAGCGUAAAGAGUAGCAAUGGUGUUGAGGCAGAAGAAACACCAGAAUUCAUAGCUUCUACGGUAGUAGAGGAAAUAAUAAACGCUGCUAUUACGGAAAUCUUGAAGGAAGCUUCGGUGCAGUAUAGAAUGAAUGGUGACAUUCAAACCGUUGACAUUAACCACGAUACCAGCUUUAAUAACGCUGAAAGUCAUAAUUCGUCCGCCGACAGUUCUCAUUUAGCACCUUCCGAAGAAAGUGUCGAAGUUCACAGUGAAAAUGAUGCAGUAGUUACGGCUAAAUUUACACAUGUUUUGCAAAAAGACGCGUUUUUAGUUUUCCGAGCUUUAUGUAAGCUUUCAAUGAAACCUUUACCCGAUGGGCAUCCUGAUCCUAAAUCGCAUGAAUUGCGAUCUAAAGUUCUGUCGCUGCGCUUGCUUCUAUCAAUUUUACAAAAUGCGGGUCCAGUAUUCCGUUCGAAUGAAAUGUUUAUCAUGGCUAUCAAGCAAUACCUUUGUGUGGCCUUGUCUAAGAACGGAGUCAGCUUAGUUCCGGAAGUGUUUGAGUUGUCAUUGUCUAUAUUUGUCGCUUUGCUGUCGAAUUUUAAAACUCACUUAAAAAAGCAAAUUGAAGUUUUUUUCAAAGAAAUAUUCCUUAACAUUUUAGAAGCUACUUCAAGCUCUUUUGAGCAUAAGUGGAUGGUUAUUCAAGCCUUGACACGUAUCUGCGCCGAUGCUCAGUCGGUAGUCGAUAUCUAUGUCAAUUACGAUUGUGACUUUCAAGCAGCCAAUUUGUUUGAACGUCUCGUUAACGAUUUGUCGAAAAUAGCUCAAGGUCGUCAAGCUGUGGAAUUGGGCGCUAAUCCUAUUGAAGAGAAAUCAAUGCGUAUACGUGGACUUGAGUGUUUAGUUUCCAUAUUAAAAUGUAUGGUGGAGUGGAGCCAAGAUCUCUACGUCAAUCCUAAUAUGCCUUCGUUGAGUGCUCAUGAAGGAGCGGUUAGUCUUAAACAUUCUCACAAUUCCGAGUUACAAUCACCGGCUGCCGACAACACUGAUGACUUGUCGCAAUCCAACACUAUUGGCACAAGAUCAGGCCAUGGUUCAAGUCAUAGCCUAAAUUCGUAUGGUAGUGCAAAGAACAAUGAACUUUUGGAUCUGCCCGAAGCCUUAGAAGAACGUAAAAUGCGUAAAGAAGUCAUGGAAGCAGGUAUAGAUAUUUUUAAUCGCAAACCCAAAAAGGGUGUACAAUUCUUACAAGAAAAGCAGCUCUUAGGCUCCUUACCGAAGGAUAUAGCUAAAUGGCUGCAUGAAGAUGAACGGCUAGACAAAACCGUAAUUGGUAACUAUAUAGGUGAAAACGACGAUCACUCUAAGGAAGUAAUGUGUGCCUAUGUCGACGCUUUCGAUUUUCGUAAUUUGGAAGUUGUGGCCGCAUUGCGAAUGCUUUUAGAAGAGUUCAGAUUGCCAGGUGAGGCUCAAAAAAUCGAUCGUUUGAUGGAGAAGUUUGCCAGUCGUUAUUGUGAAUGCAAUCCCAAUAAUUCACUCUUUCAAAGUGCUGAUACAGUGUACGUGUUGGCUUUUUCUAUUAUUAUGCUAACCACGGAUUUGCAUUCCCCGCAAGUAAAGAACAAAAUGACCAAAGAACAGUAUAUUAAGCUUAAUCAAGGUAUAAGUGAUAGCAAAGAUGAUUUGCCGGUGGAAUACUUAUCGGCGAUAUAUGAUGAAAUAGCAGGUCAUGAAAUCAAAAUGAAGAAUACGGUAAUCAACAAACCGGGAAAACAGAUCAUAGCCAACGAGAAACGUCGUAAAUUAUUGUGGAAUAUGGAAAUGGAAGCUAUCUCCACGGCUGCGAAAAAUUUAAUGGAAUCAGUAUCUCAUGUUAAAUCUCCGUUCACUUCUGCAAAACAUUUAGAGCACGUGCGUCCUAUGUUUAAAAUGGCAUGGACACCAUUUUUGGCUGCUUUUUCGGUGGGCUUGCAGGAUUGCGAUGAUCCCGAAAUUGCCUGUCUCUGUUUAGAUGGAAUACGUUGUGCCAUACGUAUAGCUUGUAUAUUUCACAUGACAUUGGAACGAGACGCUUACGUACAGGCCUUGGCCCGUUUUACUCUAUUGACAGCUAAUUCACCAAUUAACGAAAUGAAGGCGAAAAAUAUUGACACUAUUAAAACCCUGAUAAUGGUAGCGCAUACAGAUGGUAAUUAUUUAGGUACUAGUUGGCUGGAUAUUGUCAAAUGCAUAAGCCAAUUGGAAUUAGCUCAGCUGAUUGGCACAGGAGUAAGGCCUAAAUUUUUGUCAGGAGCUCAGACUACUCUAAAAGAUUCUCUGAAUCCUAGUGUGAAGGAGCACAUUGGUCAAACGAGUAGUCAAAGCGUGGUGGUUGCCGUAGAUCGAAUUUUUACUGGUUCGAUACGCUUAGACGGUGAUGCAAUUGUGGAUUUCGUUAAAGCUCUCUGUCAGGUAUCUGUAGAAGAGUUAUUAAAUCAGCAACCACGGAUGUUCUCUUUGCAAAAGAUUGUUGAAAUUUCCUAUUACAAUAUGGAACGUAUCCGUUUGCAAUGGUCCCGCAUUUGGCAGGUGUUGGGCGAACAUUUCAACACAGUCGGCUGCAAUAGUAACGAGGAAAUUGCGUUUUUUGCUUUGGAUUCCUUGAGACAGCUGUCUAUGAAAUUUAUGGAGAAAGGAGAGUUCGCUAACUUUCGUUUUCAAAAAGAUUUUUUACGGCCGUUCGAACACAUUAUGAAAAAGAAUCAAUCGUCAGCAAUACGUGACAUGGUGGUGCGAUGCAUAGCCCAAAUGGUUAACUCACAAGCUCAUAAUAUUAAAUCAGGUUGGAAAAACAUAUUUUCAAUAUUUCAUUUAGCGGCCGGUGAUCAUGAAGAAGCCAUAGUUGAGUUAGCUUUUCAGACAACGGGCAAAAUAAUUGGUGAACUUUAUCAAAAACAAUUUGCUGUAAUGGUAGAUUCAUUUCAGGACGCUGUUAAGUGUCUAUCUGAAUUCGCUUGCAAUGCUCGCUUUCCCGACACUAGCAUGGAAGCCAUUCGCUUAGUGCGCACUUGCGCUUUAUGUGUUCACGAUUCACCACAAUUAUUUGCUGAACAUGCUGGUAUGGAGAACGAUAUCUCGGUGGCUGAAGAAGACCGCGUUUGGGUACGUGGGUGGUUUCCUAUGUUAUUCUCACUUUCCUGUGUAGUCAAUCGUUGUAAAUUGGACGUUAGAACACGUGGUCUUACUGUUCUCUUUGAAAUUGUUAAAACUCAUGGCGAUAGUUUUAAACCGAAUUGGUGGAAAGACUUAUUUAAUGUGAUAUUCCGGAUAUUUGAUAAUAUGAAAUUGCCGGAACAUGUUACUGAGAAAUCCGAGUGGAUGACGACCACCUGCAAUCAUGCUCUUUAUGCCAUUAUCGAUGUUUUUACGCAAUAUUUCGAUAUGUUAGGACAUUUGCUACUCGAAGAUCUAUUUGCUCAACUGCACUGGUGUGUCCAACAAAAUAAUGAACAAUUAGCACGAUCUGGAACCAAUUGUUUAGAGAACUUGGUUAUAUCGAAUGGUUUCAAAUUUAAUGAAGCAACUUGGGAUAAGACUUGUGAGUGCAUAUUAGAUAUAUUCAAUGCGACGUUACCUUCAGAUUUAAUGUCGUGGAGGCCAAAUCCGCAACAACAACAACAGCAUCAACAAUUACAAAUGCAAUAUCAAACACAACCGCAGCAGCAAUUGCAGCAUGCCGCCAUAUAUAAUCAAGCUCCGAGUACUACUUUGACAAGUCGAAAACAUCCUCAUUCGCAGAAGGAUAUGGUAAUUAAGCGCAGUCAGUCACAACAUUCGGUUUACAAUAAUAAUAGUUGUAAUUUUGGAGAAGAAGAUGGCACGUCAUUUAUGCACGCUCAUCCCGCUUCUACUACUGUACUGCCGCAAAAUUACGCUCUCUUUGAAAGUCUUAAUAUUAAGUGUGUGGUACAAUUAGAAUUAAUACAAACCGUCGACAACAUAAUUUUCUUUCCGGCUACAUCACGGAAAGAAGAUGCCGAAACGUUAGCUCAGGCAGCUGCCGAUCUAACUGGUUGUAGUGCUGCACACCCCCUUCUUGACUGUCAGCAAGAAGAACAAGGUAUGUAUAGCUAUUUGCGCACCCGCCAGUUAUUUAUUUUGGCCGAUUGCCUAAUGCAAUCGCAUCGUUUCGCUAAACGCUUUAAUGCCAAUCAAGAGCAGCGUAACGUAUUGUGGCGAGCGGGCUUUAAGGGCUCGAUUAGACCAAAUUUGUUGAAGCAAGAGACUGCAUCGUUGGCGUGUGUGUUAAGAAUUUUCUUUAAAAUGUAUGGCGAUGAGAACAGACGCAGCGAUUGGCCGGGCAUAGAACAAGAAUUAGUAAAAGUGUGCAAAGAAGCCCUGACUUACUUUUUGAGCCUGCAACAUGAAGCGCAUCGUGAUGCUUGGACAUCGUUGCUGCUCCUAAUAUUAACGAGAUUACUUAAAAUGUCCGAUGCAAGGUUUGCCACUCAUAUCUCUAAUUAUUAUGCUUUACUGUGUGAAAUCAUGUGCUUUGACUUGAAGCCAGAAUUACGAAGUGUCCUUAGACGUGUUUUUCUCCGCAUCGGUCCAGUUUUUAAUAUAUUAAAUGUUAAAUAGUGUUAUUGGAAUAGAAGGUCGUUAAUUCAUAAAUGGGAGAAAUUCGAGUAACCGUAACGAAGCAUUAUAGCGGGCAACAUUAAGAUAAAUUGAAAACAUUGUUUAAUUAAUAUUAUAUUAUGAAAAAAAUUGAAAUUAAAAUUAAAAAAAAAAAUAUAUAUAUAUAUAUAUAUAUAUUUAUUUAAACUUAUACAUUCAAUAGUAACGAUGAACAUGUACAUGUGUAAAACUUAUAAAUUGCUAUAUACAUAUUAUUAUAUAUACCUAUAUAUUGAUCUAUUAAUAGAUAUAUAUUAAUCUAAAAUGUUAAGAAUACAAAAACUUUAUAUUCGGAAUAAUGAUUUAUUACCAUAAAAGUCACAGUGCUAUACAAACUAGAAUGCUUUUUGUUAAUUUCGUACUCGUUCUUAUUUCCUUUCUAAGAUGCAAUAUUCAAAAUAUUCAAGCAUUUAUCUCAGUUUAGAUUGAAUUUGUAAUGUCUGUCUGUCUGUGGGUCGUUUUUUUUUUAUUUUUUUUUUUGAAUUUCUCAAUCCUUGGUAAGAUGCAAAAAUAUAUAUUGAAGCAUUUAUUAGUUUCGAUUGAAUUUAUAACGCUUGCUCGUCGUUUCUUUUUUUUUGAAAUUCCCCAAGUCCCAAAAAUUGGGGCAAAGGGAGUACAGAGUGAUUAAAAUAGAUGAUCAAUCUGAAAAAAGUAAUUUACCAACUAUUUUUCAAAAUGAAUGUCUCGGUCAAUCAGCAAAAUGAGAUGGCGGGUACCUAAAAUUCGCCAAAAGGCGAAUAUAGAUUACUUGUUAUAUAUGUAUUAAUGUAGAUGCAUAGUGGUGGUUUGCUUUUUUUCUUUUUUCAGCCUGCUGACUGCAUCAUUGUUACCCGCUAUUCUAUGUAUAGAAGUAACUUUAUGCUUUUAUGGCUUAGUUCAUUUUUCUUUCUUUCCUACUAUCAUGCAAUUGCGCAAUUCAUUGUAUGAAUAUUAACUAUAUCCUAUCCUUUUUCGACACUUGAUACAUUCUCUAUAACCAUUAUCAUCCAGAGAGUGCAAUUUUGGUAUUGUUUUUCGAAUCUUUUUAAAUCGUUGAAGUUUUUAAUUAAGGUAAUAUUUUUAAAAGUAAAAUUCGUGGUUGAUCAAAAACGGCUAUAUAUUAGAACGUUUGUACUGAAUGUCCAAAGUAAAAAAUAAAUUAAAAGUAAAACUUAUAAUUGAGUUUAUAUUACAAGCACGCUUUUCAUUGAAAUGAACAGUGGCCUUUAGAAAUGAUCCUAAUUGCAAUUAUUAAUAUUUCCUCAGGCAUGAACACAAAUCGCUUGAUCAAAUGUCUUGCAAUUUCCAAACAAAAAAUGCUCAGACGACAGAAGUGAUGGUUACUUAAAUCUUCUGGGUUAUCUUAAAAACUAUAAAUUUUUUACUGGUAAAUAGGGGAUCGUUAACGUAUACAACAAACAGACAAGAUCCUAAGAGACUGCUAAUGAGCAAAAGUUUAGCAAUACCUUUACAAGUCUCCAAGAACUUGUCGAUUAGUAGUUUUAGAAGACAACAGGUAAGAAACCUGCCUAUUUCGAGGAAAGAAGCGGAAUGCAAUAGUGCGGUGAAGUUCCACCGCAUAAUUGUUAAGACUAUAACGAGGAAGUUCAUUUAGACUUGACACACAACUGUACCUUAACAGCUCGCCGUCAGAAGCAUUUAUUGUAAAAAAAAUUUAUUUUGUCAAAUAGAUAUGUAUGGGGGGAUGUAAAACCCGUCAUAAGAGGAUCAAGAGUUUCUGCAACGAAUCAAACCACGAUAUGCCUCACAGGCGCAUACACAAAAAAAUAUCUCUUAUCUUGGACGGGAUGUACCCAACCGACCCAAAAUUUGGUACACGGAGGGCGUUGAGGAACUGUGCAUAAAAAUUUCGGAGCAGUAACCGCAGUAUAAUAUUUGAUAAGCUCUUUAAGAGCGAUGAAACAAAAUUCAGUAUGUGAAAAUAAAAAAACCUUCAAAAGAUAAGAAAAAGUUCAAUUGUUAAUGCAACCUCUGCAUAAACUUUGUUGCAGUGCAAAGCUAACAAAGAAAUGGUCAAUGUCUUUGUAAGUUCGCCUUGGAUAAUUUAAUAGAAUAAAUUCCAUCUA